ACCUGCCUAGCAGCCCAUCCACCUGGCAGCCCACCUACCUAUAGCCCACCUACCUGCCUACAGCCCACCCACCUGGCAGCCCACCUACCUACCUAGCAGCCCACCCACCUACCUAUAGCCCACCUACCUACAGCCCACCUACCUGGCAGCACACCCACCUACCUACCUGUCAUCCCACCUACCUACAGCCCACCCACCUACCUGCCCCAGCAUGGACAGGGAGCCCCUGCACUGGACAUCACAGGCCUUUAUAGCUCCCCUGCCUGGGUUACCCACAUUGGGGCAGGAUUGAGGGGGAGGGGGGCAGCUACUAAAACUCCCCAGCUGGGCCUCAGGGACUAUUAUUAUUGUUGUUAUUAAUAAUAAUGUUAUUAUAAGAACCUGCAGGAAGCCCCAGGAUAGUGGGCACAGUCCAGGUUUGACAGUCAUUGCAGGGAUAGCUCCAGGAUUGUCAUGUAUAUGAUUUGUAUGCAUGGAUUACCAUAGGGACUUAUUGUUUUAAUAUUAGCCAUAAAUCCCUCCUGGGAUAACCUGCUGUGUGGCUAGCUCAGUGAGGAGAAGUGUGCCCACCAGGAGACUGCCAUUAGGGCCACAGUCUUCCUCUAGUCCCCAAGAUAUAUUAUUCCAUGUGUCUAUUAUCCAGACAGCUAAUUGUGAUAAUGACAGGUGAAUCAAUAGGUUAAUUAUGGUGUUUGAUCGGGUACAUGGCAUGCAUGUGACUCCAGCAUAGACAAGUGGUGAGUUGAGUGUAUCAGGCACAGGCUGAGCUCCCCCCUUGGAGGUUGCACUCCUCCCCUGCUUACCUGGAAGUCUUUUUUUUUAAGAAACUGGCAAGAUGUGGCUGAAGCUGUUUUUCCUUUUGCUGUAUUUCCUCAUUCUCUUUGUGCUGGCCAGGUUCUUUGAGACCAUAGUGUGGUAUGAGACAGGUAUAUUUGCCAGCCAGCUGGUGGACCCUGUGACUUUGAGUUUCCAUCAGUUAAAGACCAUCUUGGAGUGCCGUGGCCUUGGGUACGCUGGCCUGCCAGAGAAAAGGGAUGUCAGGGAACUUGUAGAAAAAUCAGGUAAUGUUAUAAUAUUAAAUUUUAAUACUUUUUUUCACAGUGUUUUGUGACAGACAUACGUUAUAUUUUCUUUUCGUAUAUAUAGAUGUGUAGACGAGUAUCAUGGUGACGUUAAUAAAAUGGUAUUUAAUUUUUAUAUAUAUAUAAUAUAUAAAAUUGACUUGUGGUGUGCAUGAAUUACUAGCCGGUAUUUAAGCAUAAUUCACACUAAAUUUUCAUUAUUUAUACUCACAACCUAGUAUGUUAUGUGUAUUAUUAUUUUUGGCCAGCAUAUUCCAAAGUGUGCUACGAAUGGACAAACAAGUGAUUUGUUGGCAUUUUAGAAACAGAAGAUUUUGCGUUACAUGCUUAAAUAAGCUUAAAGUCUAAAAAGAGUGGGGUAUAUGUAGACAAAAUGAAUAUAAUGUGUAUUCUAUACAGAGUGUAUACCAGUGUAAAUCAGCAGUCUUUCAUUCUGCUGUGUGUGGCAUGUAAACACUCUUGGCAGGAUGACUCAUAAUUAACCCCUUCAGGACUGGACUGUUUUUGCGAUGUUUGUGCGUUAAGGACCAGAGCUAUUUUAACACUUUUGUGGUGUUUGUGUUUAGCUGUAAUUUUCCGCUCUCUCAUUUACUCAUGUUCUCUCAUGUUCCGAUACAAAUUAUAUAUUGUUUGGUUUUUUUGUUCAGGACAAAAAGGGUUUUCUUUACAUACUAUUAUUUUUAUCAUGUCAUAUAAUAUAAUUUAAUUUAAAAAAAUAAUAAUAAAAUAUGAUGAAAAAUUUAAAAAACAAACACGUUUUUUGACUUCUACUUAAAAAAAAUAUUUUACUGAUCUACAAAAUCGAAUGAAACAAACUGCUAAAUAGAUUCAAAAUGUUGUCCUGAGUUUAAAAACACCCAAUGUUUACGUGUUUUUUCUGCUUUUAUUUGCAAGUUAUAGGGCUAUAAGUACAAGUAGGAAAUUGCUGUUUCAAAAUGUACAUUUUUCAAAUGUAUCAAUAGUGACAUUAACACUGUUAUGUCAUAAAUCUCCAAAAAACACCCCACAUGUAUAUAUUUUUCUUAAACUACAUAACCCAGGGUAUUCAUCUAAGAAUAUUUUGAUACUAUCUAUGCAGCCAUUUUACCACAAACUUUGCAUAGGUAGUUUUUUUUUUUUUCACAUACAUUGCAAUUCAGGUAUAAAUUCACAGAUUCUGUUAGGUGUCACGACCAAACAACACCCCAAUAUGUGUUCAGCAACAUCUCCCGAGUACAGGGAUACCCCCCAUGUAUAGGUGUGUCAGGUUGUCGGUGGGCUAAAAGGCCACAUUUGGCAGGCGCGCAUAUCCGUUUCCCAGCUUGGAAUUUUGACAUGUAGUCAACCUGCAUGCAUGUCCUAUUUGGGACCUUUUUUUAAGCUGACCAAUGUAUUUUACCCCCAUCAAACCAUAUAUUUUUGAAAAGUAGACACCCUAGGGUAUUUCACAUGGUGAUAGUUUAACACUUUCCAUGCACUAAUUCUACCACCAGGCUUUGUCAAACAUUGAGUUAGUAAAUUUUUUUCUGUUUUUUUUUCACACACAUUGUACUUAAAUUAACAGAUCCUGUUAUGUGUCACUGCCAAACAACACCCCAAUAUGUGUUCAGCAAUAGUAAUGUCCCGAACGGUUCGCCACAGACGGCGAACAUAUGCGCUGUUCGGUCCACCCACUAUGUCAUCAUUGAGUAAACUUUGACCCUGUACCUCAUAGUCAGCAGACACAUUCCAGCCAAUCAGCAGCAGACCCUCCCUCCCAGACUCUCCCACCUCCUGGACAGCAUCCAUUUUACAUUCAUUGUGAAGCUGCAUUCUUAGUUAGCUGUCCAGGAGGUGGGAGGGUCUGCUGCUGAUUGGCUGGAAUGUGUCUGCUGACUGUGAGGUACAGGGUCAAAGUUUACUCAAUGAUGACAUAGUGGGUGGACCGAACAGCGCAUAUGUUUGCCGUUCGGGACAUCACUAUUCAGCAGCAUCCCCCAUGUAUAGGUGUGUUGGGUUGUUUGGGGGUCAGAGCCUGACGCCAAGAAGGCAUAUGCGUUGUGCAAGUUAUACAUACGCUGCAUGUUUUACACACGACUAAAACAAAUUACAAACACACAAAAAAUAACCCCCAAAACAGACUAAACAGCAAUCCCUAAACUAACUCCUGUCACAAAAAUCUAAUGGAGAUUUGGGGGAAGGAAACUGACAGACCAAGACACAGAUUUUUAAAACAAAUUUAGCCCUUUAAGGGCAAAAAAAAAAAUACAGACAGUACAAAUGCACUGCUGUAACAGAUCUGGCAGGGAAGGGGUUAAAAUGAUUUUUUUAUUCACUUUAGAUACUGUAUAAAGCUUUGGAACACUUCUGCUGCAACAAACUAUCAGGAUUAUGAUCUCUCUCUCGCCUCACUGUGGCAACUGACAUUUAAUGUGGAUAAGUGCAAGAUAAUGCAUCUUGGACGUAAAAACCCAAGGGCAGAGUACAGAAUAUUUGAUAGUCCUAACCUCAACAUAUGAGGAAAGGGAUUUAGGGGUGAUUAUUUCUGAUGACUUAAAGGUAGGCAGACAAUGUAAUAGAGCAGCAGGAAAUGCUAGCAGAAUGCUUGGUUGUAUAGGGAGAGGUAUUGGCAGUAGAAAGAGGGAAGUGCUCAUGCCAUUGUACAGAACACUGGUGAGACCUCACUUGGAGUAUUGUACACAGUACUGGAGACCGUAUCUUCAGAAGGAUAUUGAUACCUUAGAGAGGGUUCAGAGAAGUGCUACUAAACUGGUUCAUGGAUUGCGGGAUAAAACUUACCAGGAAAGGUUAAAGGAUCUUAACAUGUAUAGCUUGGAGGAAAGACGAGACAGGGGGGAUAUGAUAGAAACAUUUAAAUAUAUAAAGGAAAUCAACACAGUAAAGGAGGAGACUAUAUUUAAAAGAAGAAAAACUACCACAACAAGAGGACAUAGUGUUAAAUUAGAGGGACAAAGGUUUAAAAAUAAUAUCAGGAAGUAUUACUUUACUGAGAGGGUAGUGGAUGCAUGGAAUAGCCUUCCAGCUGAAAUGGUAGAGGUUAACACAGUAAAGGAGUUUAAGCAUGCGUGGGAUAGGCAUAAGGCUAUCCUAACUAUAAGAUAAGGCCGGGGACUAAUGAAAGUAUUUAGAAAAUUGGGCAGACUGGUUCUUAUCUGCCGUCACAUUCUAUGUUUCUAUGUUUCUCACAAAACGCUACAGAAGAGAGAGGGGCAGAGAUCACUGUCAAGGGAAGGGGGUGUCCCCACCCUCAGGGUCCCCCUCCCGCCGAGCUCUGGGGAGAGGAAGGGGUUAAACACUCACCUUUCUCCAGCGCCGGGCAGGGAGCUCUCCUCCUCCUCUCUGCCUGAAUGCGCAUGCGCGGCAGGAGCUGCGCGUGCAUUCAGCGAGUCUCAUAGGAAAGCAUUCAUAAUGCUUUCCGAUGAACGCUUGCGUCUUCUCACUGUGAUUUUCACAGUGAGAAGCACGCAAACGCCUCUAGCGGCUGUCAAUGAGACAGCCACUAGAGGCUGGAUUAACCCUAACAUAAACAUAGCAGUUUCUCUGAAACUAUGUUUCUAAAAAAAGGGUUUAACCCUAGCUGGACCAGGCACCCAGACCACUUCAUUGAGCUGAAGUGGUCUGGGUGCCUAGACUGGUCCUUUAAAGGGACAUUAUAGGCACCUAGACCACUUAAUUUCAAUGAAGUGGCCUCUGUGCCAUGUCCCUGUCAUUUUAUCCCUGUAGAACAGAAAUGUUUACAAUGAGGUUAACAGAGUUAGCAUGUCUCACUGAUAGCAACUAGAGGCGCUUUCUCCCCAAUAGCAGAUGUUUAUAUAGCUAGAGAGAGCACCGAAGCGAGGGGGAAAAAUGUAGGUAAAUGUUCUUUUUCCUUUAUCGAGGGGGUUGCCAUAACCAUUGAGCAGGUCACUAUAGUUUUAGGAAUGCAUGUUUGUAUUCCUAAUGCUAUAGUUUUUCUUUUAACAUUACCUUUUUUUUAAUUAUUAUUAUUUUUAUUUUUUAUUUUAUUUUUUUACAGUUAGUGAGGAUUUAAAUCCCUAUUUAAAGGGCUGUAUAUUACGUUCAGUUUGAGCACUGCAUACAGCUUAUCUGUCAGUCUGGGAUCACUAAAAAUGGCCCCAACUGAAAGAGGGGAGCCUCAGGUAUCGAUUGAUACCUGGGAGUCCCUGGUGUGAGCAGGGGUUUAACCUUGCUCACACCAAAAUAUUAGAAUGUUCCGUGCCAUUAGUGGAGGAAGGUAACCUGCAUUUGUGACUGUUACUUCAGUAAAGUGUUUGCUGUGGUGAAGGGUCUUCUACCUCAAACACCUACUCAAUCAUUCUUUCCACAUUACCGUACAUGGGCAUGCCCUCACUGGUCCUUGAGCAAAGCAUCAUGGAGUCACUAAUUGUAUGCCAAGCAGUGUCUUGAAAGCCUUGCCAAGGAAAUUAAAGGACUUCCCUUUUAACUUUUAGUUAGCUAAUGGGUUGUGUGACAAAUUUACUGAAAACCAUUAUAUUUAAACCUGUUAAGUUUGCAUUACGUUUGUCUUUAACCCCAUUUGUUUUAUUUUACUGCUAACCUUUUCUUGACAAUCUAGGAUUAUAUUCUCAAGGGAGUUAUUCACUAAAGACCAAAUUGUAAUGUAUUUAAAAACAAAUGAGACUAAAACUAGCCAAGAUGUGACUACAACUGAGUUGAAUGUUUUUUGCUAGAACUGCUUUUCUUUUACCAUUUGAAUGAAAGUUCAGUGAAAAUCAGAGUUUAGAGAAUUUAUUUCCCCAGCUGGUAUAUCACAGAGUUUGUUUUAGAUAGAAUAAGCAGAGAUACUCCAUCCACACUUGCUUGGCGGAUAUCAGCCUGUAAACCUGGCAGCCUCCUCCUACAGAGAUCAACGACUGCGGUCGCUUUAUUUGUCAUUGCUCCAAUAUUUGGGCACCUUAUUAGAUGCCCUUUCAUACAGUGGGUGUACAGGACUCUUGAUUUUACUGCAGAAUUCAGAAAUAAAAACAGCCAAUAACGCCAGGAAUAGUCUGCGCCUCUCCUUCACUUCCCUAAUGAACUAAAAGUGCUUUUGUUUAUGGUUUAUUAAUUUAGUUUUGUGUCUCAGGUUAGUAAGGACAAACUUGCUAGUCCAUUCAUUUGUAGAUUUGUAGAAAAGCAGCUUUUGUUUUUAGUUUGUGGUCCCUUCCUCCCCCUUUCGAUGUCUAUAAACUCUCACAAGCCCUUCUCUUUAUUAUCCAUGAGGAUUUUGUAACAAAAAAGUGUUAAAUUUAUCUGUGGGUGGUUGUUGUACUGAAGCAACAAGAUUGUAAGAGGUUUUAUUAAGCUUGCCUAGAAGACAAAGCUUUAAUUGUUGUUGGAUAACUCUGGGUGACUUUCCCUGUUCCAUUCCUGCAUACAGAUGGGCUUUCCCUCGCCAUUUGCAGUGGUCGCACCCUUUAGAACUUCUGAAAGUACCAAGUCCUUUGCGGAAUAUUUUUUUUCUUUUUCUUUUCCUGUUCCUUGCAUAUUUAAUUUCAUUCAUUAACCCAUUGGUGUCAGGGCAUUAAACACAGUUUUUAAAGGAACAUUAUAGGGUCAUAAGAACACCUCUUUUCUCCCCUUAAAUAAGUAUUUUACUUACCUUUUCUUCCAGCGCCGCCCUCAAUCUAUCUCACUGGCUGACAUCAGAACUGACGAUCUCAGCGAAUCCAAUGCAUUCCUAUAGGAAAGCAUUGGAUUGGCUGAGAUAGUCAGUUCUGAUUAUCUCAGCUAAGGGGGCAGAGACAGGGCCAAAUGCCUUCCUUGCCAAUCAUCAUCUCCUCAUAGAGAUGCAUUGAAUCAAUGCAUCUGUAUGGGGAAAGUUCAGCUUUUCCAUGCAUAGCAUAGUUUCCAUGCAUAGCACUGAUCCAGGAAGCACGUCUAGUGGCUGCCACUGGAAGUGUCCCUAGGGAGCGAUAUAAACACCGCCUUUUCUCUGAAAAGUCAAUGUUUACAUAAAAAUGUCUGUAGGGACUGGAUAUAGACACCAGAACAACUACAUUAAGCUGUAGUUGUUCUGGUGACUAUAAUGUCCCUUUAAUUGAUCUUGCUACAUGUCUUUUGAAGGGAAUCUUUAUCUACUUUGUGUAUGCCAAACACAUUUCCAAUGUUUACUGUAUAAUAUAACAUGAUACAGUUUGGGAUUCUCUCUCUUAUAUUGCCUUUGUUACCUAACAGAAGAGAGAAUUGCUCUUCAGUAGCUAGUAAAGACCCAUGAAGCCACCGUCUUACUAGUGAUCAGAGGAGCCAAGGGAUAAAUGCAGUCUUGAGUUCAGAGCAGAUGGGAUGAUGAUUUUCUGCGGGUAAACAUGAUCGCUACAACCCAGGACAUUGCCCAAAUAAGUCAAUACAGGCUGUAGUAAGAUGUCUGAUGUCUGUAUAUGCUAUUUUUGUUUUUUUUAAAAUCUAAAUGUGAGAAUGUAAUUUAUGGUCCUCCCUUUUUUCCAUUUUCCUAUUUACACAGAAUUAGAAUUCAGGAUAAAACUUUAGAGGAUUUAAAUAAUGCUGUAGGGUACAAGAAACAAGAUUUAGCAGAUAUGGGAGUCACAUUUCCAGUUUGCUGUAAUCUCCCUGAAUGGUUUCAAUGUUCAGUAUCCUCAUAAUGUUCUUGUUUUUUCUACAGGUGACCUCAUGGAAGGAGAGUUGUACACUGCCCUAAAGGAGGAGGAAGAAGCUGUAUCCAGCACCAAUUUCAGUGGUGAAAUGCACUUUUAUGAGCUUGUGGAAGACACGAAAGAUGGAAUCUGGCUGGUGCAGGUACAUUUUACUGCUGCUUUUACCUUUUUACCUGCCUGAAAACACCAAGCAUUGAAAAAAAAAAAUCUCUCUUUCUCUCUUUCUCUCUUUCUCUCUUUCUCUCUUUCUCUCUUUCUCUCUUUCUCUCUUUCUCUCUUUCUCUCUUUCUCUCUUUCUCUCUUUCUCUCUUUCUCUCUUUCUCUCUUUCUCUCUUUCUCUCUUUCUCUCUUUCUCUCUUUCUCUCUUUCUCUCUUUCUCUCUUUUUUCUCUUUUUUCUCUUUUUUCUCUUUUUUCUCUUUUUUCUCUUUUUUCUCUUUUUUCUCUUUUUUCUCUUUUUUCUCUUUUCUCUCUUUCUGCGCAUAGUGCUCUCAAAAGCAUCCUACUCUUUAUUAUUUAUUAUUGUGCUUAUAAAUCACUGACUAUUUACUCAGUGCUUGAUCAAGUGCAUGGCCAGUAUUAUCACAAACACAAUUUGAUAGACUAUAACAAACUUAGUCACCAUAAGAGAGGUCUUAUUCCCCUUUCUCAGUUGUUUUUGGACUGCAACUCCCAUAACUCUCCUACAACUGACUCUCUCGCUGCUAACACAGGGGGGGAGGCUGUAUUUGGACUCUCAAGUCAGAAAAUGUGAAAUACUAGAUUUUAAUGCAAUCUGCAAAGACUGCUUGAAUUAAUCAUGACGGAAGAACUUUACCUUCUAUACAGGUGAAAUCUGUGGUCCAGUUAGUGUGGGUUAAACUUGUCCUUGUUAAAGGCUUCUUUUGUAAAGAUUACUUUUUAGUCAUUUCCUAAACAAUAGAGGCUUUCUCUAACUGACUUUUAGAGAUCAGGGUCAACUUAAGAGAAUGUUUUCAAGCAGAGGAGAGAAGAACACGGAACAUAUCUAACAUUUCCAUGGUCAGGAGAGUAUCGAAUAUGUGUCAUGGUGUGCUUUGUAUGCUAUGGUUUUAUUUUGCAAUUGAAGAGGACAGUGGAGGGCUUUAAAAAUAGAGUGGAAAUGUGCUGAUGAUGCUAAAAUAAUGUAACAAUAUCUGUUUUAUUUUUGAAUUGUAACAUUUUUCCAGUGUUGUCUAGAUCUACACAAGACUGGACAUCUCUUUAAUUCCAACUAGUAAUUUGUUUGAAAUGAAAGCGGUUUUGUUUUAUAGAUACCACCAGCCUGUUGCUCCUGUUUACUUGCUCGGUGUGCUAUGUAACACAGACUUUCUAGAUACCGGUGUCAGCACUUUCCAUGCCUCCCUUUUUAGCAAUAUGAUAACAUCAUAACAUCACAAACCUGUCAUCUACUUUAAUGACUGUGGUGCGUUAUGUGUAAUAUGAGCUGAGAAUGCUUUAACAAUCAGCCAGUAAUAUAGCUGUUUUCAGAUAUUUCAUAUCUUACUUGGAUUGAAAUCCUGUAAUAGACAUACGUGAGAUUAGACUUCUCUUUACAGUAUAUGUAGUGUGAUCCGAGCUGUAGACUAGCAGAGGACAUAAAACUGCUACUCAAGUGACCACUCAAUGUGUUUACCAUGAUAACGUCUAACAGUCUGACCUUCUGGUUUUACAGUGCUGUAUGAUGGUACAUGGGUUACUUUAACUUCAACCAUGGUUUGUUUGGGUUUUUUAUAGUUGGAAAGUGAUGAAAAUAGCAAUCUGAAUAUCUUUCAAGCAUGUUUUGUUCUAGGCGUAAUUUAUUUUUAAAAUAAUGGGAUGAUCUGUUACUCCUAAAUCCCUGCUGCCACUACAAGUCAGAAACAUGGAGGUAUCUGUUAAAACCUGGUGUUGCAUCAGGACUGAAGUUGCCAGAUCUAUCUCUUGUUUUCGUGAACCCAAGUCACUUGGUCAGUUUGAACAUGAACUGCAUGUGAAAAAUUCUGCAAUGGAAGAUGGUAUCAUUUGUGUGCUGGAGGAAGGAUUAACAAAGGCUCUUUUUUGAGGGUCUUAUGAGCAACUAACAGAAAAUAUUAUGCUGCCAGGGUAUCACUUUUCAUGUGCUGCCCACAACAUGAUGAAGUGUCAUGUGUUAAGGAAAAUGUGAUGGAUCUGGCAACCCUGUUUUGGACCUAUUUUAAAAAACACUGCAUUCUUUUACAUAGUGUUUGUUUAUAAUUGCUUUUCGCACGUACUUGCUAAUCAAUGUUCCAAUUACGUGCAGGUAGUUGCAAAUGAUAGGAGCCCACUUGUGAGCAAAGACCACUGGGAGAAGAUGGUGAAAAAAGUGACCAAGUUUGGCAUCCGCACUGGAACUUUCAAUUGCUCAAGUGAUCCCAGGUGAGUGGGUAACAAAUGGCUGAAAUUGUAAUAGUACAUUUUCAAUGUUAUUAAUUUGCUGUCCUGUGAAUCCCGCAGCCUGUCGAAAAAGUUAAAGCCAUUUUCAUUCAAGAAAAGUGUUAUACUCACAUUCGACAUUUUUAAUAAAUGUAUUCAUAAAAUUGGUGGCAUCUCCUUCCACCAUCCUCUUACCACUAGUUGUUUAAGCCAAUGGAGUUACUACCUGUAUAGAAGUUUCCUGUUUGUUAAAACAAACAGAAAAUUUCAUACCAGGCGUAUAAUUUAUCUCCAUGAUAAUAGCUAUGUCUCCAACAAAUGCUCCCUCUGGAAAGGUGUGUUAGAGAAGCAAGAUAGCUGAACUUUAUAUAUAAUUUCCUACAGUUUUUAUUUUUUUCUAUGUAUAUGUUUCCAUCUAGUCUGUUUGCCUUUGAGGUGUGCAGUUUCAUUUGUUUGCCCCUCUGGCUUUCAAAUAACCCAAAAUAUUUGUAGUUCUUCAACCGAUCUAAUGAAAAAUAAACAUGCUUUAUAAUUACAUCCCCUGUGAUUAAUUUAUGUAUUGUGCUCAGCCAUGUGAAUGUUGCCAAAAUAGCUAUCCAGGAAGGAGGUGACAAUUUGAAAGAUUUCUUUAUCCUCUAAUGGGUAUAUUAUUGCAUACAGUAUACUAAUCACCACCUCUGUGCUGUGCAGGGAGACGCACCAUUACACUGUUUGCACCAGAAACACUGCAACGAGAUGUAGUGGUUAAGGUGCUUGGAGUACCCCUUUAAUUGCAAGCACAACCCCCUGUAGAGGGAGUGCAGAAUUAUUAGGCAAGUUGUAUUUUUGAGGAUUAAUUUUAUUAUUGAACAACAACCAUGUUCUCAAUGAACCCAAAAAACUCAUUAAUAUCAAAGCUGAAUAUUUUUGGAAGUAGUUUUUAGUUUGUUUUUAGUUAUAGCUAUGUUAGGGGGAUAUCUGUGUGUGCAGGUGACUAUUACUGUGCAUAAUUAUUAGGCAACUUAACAAAAAACAAAUAUAUACCCAUUUCAAUUAUUUAUUAUUACCAGUGAAACCAAUAUAACAUCUCAACAUUCACAAAUAUACAUUUCUGACAUUCAAAAACAAAACAAAAACAAAUCAGUGACCAAUAUAGCCACCUUUCUUUGCAAGGACACUCAAAAGCCUGCCAUCCAUGGAUUCUGUCAGUGUUUUGAUCUGUUCACCAUCAACAUUGCGUGCAGCAGCAACCACAGCCUCCCAGACACUGUUCAGAGAGGUGUACUGUUUUCCCUCCUUGUAAAUCUCACAUUUGAUGAUGGACCACAGGUUCUCAAUGGGGUUCAGAUCAGGUGAACAAGGAGGCCAUGUCAUUAGAUUUUCUUCUUUUAUACCCUUUCUUGCCAGCCACGCUGUGGAGUACUUGGACGCGUGUGAUGGAGCAUUGUCCUGCAUGAAAAUCAUGUUUUUCUUGAAGGAUGCAGACUUCUUCCUGUACCACUGAUUGAAGAAGGUGUCUUCCAGGAACUGGCAGUAGGACUGGGAGUUGAGCUUGACUCCAUCCUCAACCCGAAAAGGCCCCACAAGCUCAUCUUUGAUGAUACCAGCCCAAACCAGUACUCCACCUCCACCUUGCUGGCGUCUGAGUCGGAUUGGAGCUCUCUGCCCUUUACCAAUCCAGCCACGGGCCCAUCCAUCUGGCCCAUCAAGACUCACUCUCAUUUCAUCAGUCCAUAAAACCUUAGAAAAAUCAGUCUUGAGAUAUUUCUUGGCCCAGUCUUGACGUUUCAGCUUGUGUGUCUUGUUCAGUGGUGGUCGUCUUUCAGCCUUUCUUACCUUGGCCAUGUCUCUGAGUAUUGCACACCUUGUGCUUUUGGGCACUCCAGUGAUGUUGCAGCUCUGAAAUAUGGCCAAACUGGUGGCAAGUGGCAUCGUGGCAGCUGCACGCUUGACUUUUCUCAGUUCAUGGGCAGUUAUUUUGCGCCUUGGUUUUUCCACACGCUUCUUGCGACCCUGUUGACUAUUUUGAAUGAAACGCUUGAUUGUUCGAUGAUCACGCUUCAGAAGCUUUGCAAUUUUAAGAGUGCUGCAUCCCUCUGCAAGAUAUCUCACUAUUUUUGACUUUUCUGAGCCUGUCAAGUCCUUCUUUUGACCCAUUUUGCCAAAGGAAAGGAAGUUGCCUAAUAAUUAUGCACACCUGAUAUAGGGUGUUGAUGUCAUUAGACCACACCCCUUCUCAUUACAGAGAUGCACAUCACCUAAUAUGCUUAAUUGGUAGUAGGCUUUCGAGCCUAUACAGCUUGGAGUAAGACAACAUGCAUAAAGAGGAUGAUGUGGUCAAAAUACUCAUUUGCCUAAUAAUUCUGCACUCCCUGUAUUAAUGUCACUGAUGUAAGCCCCGGGAUAUAUUGACCAUGUCUGACAUCUUUUGGAAUAGCUGGCAUCUGUUCAUUCUCCCAUUUACUUUUUUUAUUUUGUCUUUGACCUUCUCCUAUAAUGUCUUCCUUCUUAUCUCCAAUAGUUAGUUUGCACUGCGUCUUGAUUAGGAAUCUUCACUGCCUCCUUUGUCUGUCUGCCACCUGUACUAUGGCCGUGAAGUUCUAAUUUAGUUUAAGAGAUAUAACCUAAACGUAACUGAACCAAAUGUAAAGGCUCUAAGUCAAUUUAAAAAAAAUCUUUCCGAGCUCCAAACACACAUUGGAAAACACCUGUUUGAGCCACUUACAGUCUCUUGCUUAUAAUACUGCUUGACAAGUGCCCCUGUACAGAUAUCCUAUAAAUGUCAGGCUAAACUACACCCCGUUUCCUUUUUAUUUAAUGUAAUAUGAUCAUCAGACUGUGAUCAAAUGUCACACAAAAAUACAAUAUCGCCUCUUUCAGUAGUAGGAAAGAAAACCUCCCUUCAGGAAUCUCGCUCAGGUAGAAAAAGCCAAACUAUACAUCAUAUCGGGAAAUCCAUUUACAGUUUCUUGGUUCAUGUGUCUUUAGUGAGGUGGGUUUAUUUUUUUUCUUUCUCCCAUUGAAAGGGAUUCCUGGAGGGAGGUUUUUAUUGUUUUGUUUUUUUCUCCUGCUGAAAGAGGUGAUGUGGUUUGUGUGUGAGACAACUGAUGUUUGAUCUGUACAGCUUCACCUGUCAAGAAUUCACAAUGAUUAUGAGACUUUAAAAAAAUAUUUGUAUAAGAUUAGCAAAAAAUAUAUUCCUACAUCGUGUGUGUGUAUGUAUGUAUAUAACAUUUAUUUUAUUUUUUUACGCACUUAAUUCCUUUGUAUGAACGUUGGUUAUUUUUAAGCUAUUGUUCUUCUUUAAUUGAAUUAAAACUUCAAUAGUACAGAUCUCUAUAAAGGUGUUUUUGCAUGAUGCAAUCAUAUUGGUUUAUCUUGAACAUUUAAGAGUAAGCCUCAUACAAUGAAAGGAUUGUUCACUAAAGUGAAAGGUGAAAUGUUGCCUAGGUGCAUCUUCCGCCUGAAUGCAAUUGUUGCAAAAAAGAUAGCACUUGUGGGGCUUAGAAAUUAUUUCAAGUGCAAAUGUUGUUUUAAUCGCAUAAGGAAAAGGUAGGCAAAUUUCAGCACUUCCGAUGUUUUGUGUACUACAUCUCCCCUGAUGUUUUGCCAGCACUAUGGCUGUACGUGCUUUAUGGGAGAUGUAGUCCACAACAUUUGGAGUGCCAAUGGUUGCUUACUGCUGGCAUAACACAACCGAAAAAUUUUCAGUCCUUGAAAAAAAUCCAAGUUAGGACUGAAACGUAAACAGAUAUUUUUUGUUGUUGUUGUUGGCUUAUCUGAUUAAAAUAACAUUUAAAUCAUUUUGUAAUAUAAAAUUAUAUCUGUACUGCUAGCAAAGUCAUAGGACAUGCAUUGGCUAUGGACUGCACUCUAGAGACCUAUUAGAAAUCAUGCAUAACAUGGCAUUUACUGGCCAAAAUAUGUGGCAAAGACAGACACAUAGAGAAUAAGUCCUUGCACUGGAUAGGAGAUGGGGUGGGACAAAAUUAAGACCCUAUAGAAAUACUGAACGCAUUUCACGUCCACUUACAAACACUUUAAACCUAAGAUUCCAAACUACCACCAUACUUUAAAAAGGCUAUAACUCGAGCUUGUAUAUGUGAAGGGAGCAGCAGUGCCCAGGUACCAUCAUACCUGCAGGGGUGAAACUGUAUAGCCCUGUAGUAGGGGCUUCGGAGGCCAUCUGUGCUGCCCCCAACUUUCUUAUCCUCUGGUUCUGCAAUAUUAGGAUAAUAUAGUCAGGCAGCUGUUGAUAGGCUGAGAGCUUUUUUUGGUGUGGCAUUGUGAAUAUAAUAUUAUUCACUGUGAAUUAAUCUUUUAUAUUAAUUAUUAUUUUUAUUUUUUUUUUUUUUUUAUUAGGUACUGCAAAAAGAGAGGCUGGAUUAGGUCAACCCUCAUCAUGUCCGUACCCCAAACUAGCACUUCAAAGGGGAAUGUGAUGCUUAAAGAAUACAAUGGGCGAAAGAUUGAAACAGAGCAUAUUUUCAAGUGGAUAACAGCCCAUGCUGCUUCACGGGUCAAGACUAUUUACAAUUCUGAAAAUCUAAGAGAAGAAUGGAACAAAAGCGAUCAGUAUAAGGUCAAGCUGUACCUAUUUGCCAAUCUUGAUCAGCCUCCAGCUUUCUUCUCCGCACUGAGUGUUAAGUUUACUGGCAGAGUGGAAUUCAUAUUUGUUAAAGUUGGGAACUGGGAUAAUACCAGUUACAUGGCAGAAAUCGGCAUUCACAGGACUCCAUCUUAUGUUCUUAAGACUCCGGAAGGAAUCUACAAGUAUGGAAACAAUACAGGAGAAUAUAUAUCCCUCUGUGCCAUGGAGUCAUUUUUGCGUUCACUGCAACCAGAAGUCAAUGAUUUGUUUGUUUUAAGCUUAGUCCUGGUGAAUUUGAUGGCCUGGAUGGACCUGUUUAUCACUCAAGGAGCUACCAUAAAAAGAUUUGUGGUUCUAAUAAGCACUUUAGGGACGUACAAUUCGCUCUUAAUUAUUUCAUGGCUGCCCGUGUUGGGGUUUCUGCAGCUACCAUACCUUGAUAGCUUCUAUGAGUAUAGCUUGAAACUACUCCGAUAUUCGAACACGACCACUUUGGCUUCUUGGGUAAGGGCAGAUUGGAUGUUCUACUCUUCACAUUCUGCACUCUUUCUAAGUACAUACCUGGGUCAUGGUUUGCUCAUUGAUUAUUUUGAAAAGAAAAGGCGUCGUAACAAUAAUGCAGAUGAAGUAAAUGCCAAUAACCUGGAGUGGUUAUCAAGCCUUUGGGAUUGGUACACCAGCUACCUGUUUAACCCCAUAGCAUCAUUUCAUCACUUUCCCAUCCAUUCUGAUUGGGAUGAUGAUCCAGAUCUGAUACUUGAGCGAUUUGCUUUCCCAGAUUUAUGGCUUCAUCCACUGAUUCCCACAGACUACAUAAAAAACCUACCAACAUGGCAGUUCUGCAGCACUAAUAUUCACACACAAGAGGAAAUAGCCAGAGGAUUACAGGAAAGUGAUGGUGAUUCUGAAGUUGAGCAUAACCUAGGAUUUAGUUGUGAGAAACUCACAUCCACAGAUCAAGCUCACUCCACUUAUGGAAUGAGUGAGCCCUUGGCCGAAAGCACCAACGACUCUUGCUCAUGUGUUAAAGAUCAAAAUAAUGGAAGUAGAUGUGAAAGGAAAUGUGGUUUGAAUGGAUCCCACGGCACAAAGGAGAACACAGAACCAAACUGGUCUUCUUGGCCUGACAACAUGUUGCACUGUACUGAAUGCGUUGUGUGUUUAGAGAAUUUUGAAAAUGCUUCAUUGCUUAUGGGCUUGCCAUGCGGUCACGUUUUUCACCAAAAUUGCAUUGUAAUGUGGUUGGCAGGAGGGAGACAUUGUUGUCCCGUAUGUCGUUGGGCUUCCUACAAAAAGAAACCUCACACACAUCAACAGUUCAUGUCAAGUCCUUCCCCUUCCUAGCACCAAGAUCAUGUGUUCCCUUGCCUGUAAUUGCUCGUAUCUGUUAGAAUCUUUGGUGGCUUGAUGUCUCAUUUAAAUUGUAGUACAGUGGAUUAAUGCACAUGAUGUUAAUGUUCAUUACUGUUUCUCUCUCUCUCUCUCUAUCUCUCUCUCUCAUUAAAUGUAUAUGUAAGAAGAAGAAAAAAAAAUAUUUUUAUGAUUUUCACAAAAUUAUAUUCCUAUUUAAGUGUAUAUUUUUAAGAUUGGUCAAAUCUUCCAUUUUAAUUCUAAUAUAAAGAUAAGCUGAUUUAUUUUGAAGAAUAUAUAACAUAACAUUAAUUUAGCAGUGUUUGUCUUGUCCAAGAUUUCUUGAAGUAUAACAGCUGCUUAAAUGUAAUAUAUUUGAUUGCAAUCAUUAUGUAGAAAUCAAUACCAUUGCACAUUGUUUUGAUUUAAGAGGGAUCCACUGUCUACCUGUUUUGUAUGUUGUCUCAUUUUCUGAAGUGAAAGCCUACUUUUUGUUUUCAUUUUGCUUCGGUUUCCUUUUUUUAAAUUAUUUUUAUGAGGGGUGACUUACGGUGUUCAAUCUACAUUUCCCUUAGAUCUGUUUUAUUUUCCAAUUAUUCUUUAUUUCCAAAUUAUGAUUUAGUUGCCAAAAGUGUUAUUAGCCAAUCUGAAUACAAACUUAGAUGCAAUGAGCCAUGUUACUGGGUUUCUCCUGGAGUCAAUCAGUAAGCGGGAUGUGGUACCACUCUAAUUUAAGGCUCUACGUUUGGAUGUGAUUCAAGGUGAUGGGAACCUAUAAUUUUUCAAUAUUUCUGUAUUUACCUUCUCUCUCCUCUGGGUUUUCAAAAUUUAAACUUGAUGCUUUCAUUUUUUUUAAGCAAAUGGGGGGGGGGAAUGUUUGUUUAUUUUAUGUCCAUUUACUUUUUUCCUGCAAUAGAC